AAAUGCGCUUUAAUGAAAGAAUCGAUACAGCUCAUGCAAUAAGUCAAGGCUACGAUGCAAUAAGUAAGAAUGAAAUUCAACCACGCUUCAUCGAUCGCAUACCAAAGAGAGCACAUAAUAGCAAAGAUAACUAUAGGUCUGGCACUACUGAACACUAUUCGAUACUCACCAUAAAUCAAGCUGGUACAGCAACAGUCAAUUUUACUAUGGAACCUUAUGCAAAACUUCAAGCGGAGGAACUAUUACUUGUGUGCCAACCAAGCGCGGUCACGGAAAAUAUUCCACCUUAUUUUGAUGUGAGGAAUGAUGAUGGUCAAGAACGGGUAAUAAAUAACAAGAAUGACAGUACUCUGGAUUCCAAAUAUUUCACAAAUUUUGUUUGGAAGUCUUGGUCUUGCAAAGCAUCACAAUCAGAACAAAAUGGACAGACAAAAGAGUUCACAAGAGUUAUAACCGAGCGGGAUGUCAAUACUGAUGCAGCCGACUAUAAUUCUCUCAAAAGAAUUGUGUACUCACCUUCGGAUAAUGCUUGGUUUGACCUACUGUCGAGUGCAGAUCAUACAUAUAAAAUCAAACUUGAAGGAAUCAGAUACUACCAGCAUAAUGCGGCGUUGAAAGAUCCUAUCGAUUUUGAUGGAUAUUCCAUACUUGAAGAUGCACAAUCAUCACACACCAAUAACAUUUGGAAGAGCGGAACCAAAACUCUCGAGGAAUUACCUUCAUCAAAAGUGGCUGUGUAUACCGAUCAUACAACAGAGGUGUAUUACGAUUUGAAUGAAGGACGGAGCUAUAUGCUUCACUUACCUGGAGAUCAAGCAUCUGCAGCAUGGAAUGCGAAAAAGAUUUUGAGAAUCGGCACAAAAUGGAAGGAGCCUAUCACAUUGACAGCAGGAAGUUCAAAUAUGCAAUGUCAUGAAGAGGAGGCUGCUAAAUUUUCUAGCGAUGACAGUAGCAACUUCCUGCACACUCUAGUUCAAAUAUAUUCUCAAGGAAACAAUGAGGAAGUUGAAGAUACAUUGCAUCAUGGAAAUACAAGAGUAUGGAUUUGUUCUGAUAACGAGAAAACGAUUCUACGAGUCAAGAAUAACUUCAUACUUGAGUCAACCAAUGUUGAAAAUAUAAAAACUAUUGAAUAUUUUGAUGGAGUUGCUGUCUUUUCUGGUGAGCUGGAUGGAAGAGAUGUAUUUGAAAUAGCAGAAGUCAAAUAUCUCAAUUUUACUGACAAAAACGUUGUGAAGUAUGUGGGUCCACUAGUGUUUCCUUCGAAUUCGAGCUCAGAUGUUCUAGGACUUUACCCGAUUCACUUAUCGGGAGACGUGGCGAUACAAGAUGUGAAAUAUAUUUUGAGUGGCAAAGAAUACUGCAAAACCAAUUUUGAUGGUUACUUUGGAGAAACUUUGGAAAUAGGAGGAACAUAUGAUAGUCUAAUUGUAGAUGGCAAAGAAGCCAAAGGAUCUGGAUUCAAGAUAAAGUGCGUUCAGAUGACAGAAGAUGAAGUCUCAAGGUUUGAGAUGAAGGUUUCAAAUGAAGGUUUCAAGGAUCAGUUGCUACCAAAAGUCGUUUUACUUAAAAGAAAUGAAGGAGUUAAGGAAAUUCUUCCGACCAAACUGGAUAAAGAAAAGUUGAAAAUCGAAUUUGAUUUCUCACAACGAUUAUGGAACUGUUCAGAGGUAGCAGCACCCACAGGACGUACUGCAGAGAUUUUGUACAGAGUAAGGAGUAGAAUGAGAGUGAAAGCAGCUGAGAUAAGUAGAUUCUAUCAUCGAGAUGAAGUCGAAGUCAUGCUUGAGAAUGGGGAAGCUGAAAUAGAACAUAUCAUGUAUCUGUCAGAGAAUUCGACAACGUACAGAGCAGUCCAAUUUGAGGGUCUAGUUAUUCUUCCCAGAGAUGAAAUGACUGACAGGGUCACUUUCAAAUACCAUCUCGAUCAACCAAUUCUUCAGUUUGAAGCUUUCAAUGCAACACAAGGAAUUACUAUUGAAGUCACAUCUCAGUGGAAUCAAGAGAUUGAAAAUAUUGAUGGGGAAAUUGUAACAUGUGAGAUGCAUAAGGACAGUCCUGUUAGGCCUGCUACUCACAAGGAGACGGAGAUUUUAGUCAAUGAUAACAGUGAUACUGAAAACCCAACGCAUACAUGGAAAGUGAUGGACUCAACGUUGAAAACCUUCUUUGAAACUAAAAUAUAUGAGGAGUGGAGUUGCAAAAACAAGGAUUAUGAGUUUUCUAGAGUAGUGAAUAAGCUGAUUACAACGAGGGACGACAUUCGGGUUUAUUACCCAGCUGGAGUGAAGGUUGGAGUAUUGAGCAUCUACAACAAUAGAAAAGCUCUUCAAAUAGCACAAGUAAAAUUCUUCAAAGAACUUCAACCAAUCAAGUACAUUGGAAAAUUGAGGCUAGUGAGGAAGACUGUGGUAGGCGCUGAGGAAUUCCUUGGAUCUUUCCACAAUGAUGUAGAAACGCGCUCUCUGAAUUCGGAGCCAAGUGGAAAUAUCACUUGGACAUUGGACAGUAUGAGGUUCUGCGCUUCCAAUGAUAUUGGAGAGACAAAUACUUCAACUGAUAGAAUAAAAUUUAAUGUUCAGCAAGGUCAUUUGCAGACAUAUUAUAUACCGGAGAAUAAAAAAUCAAAUAGGAUCUUCCAACUCGGACGAUUUUGGACCAAGGAGCUUAAUCCCACAGGAGAAAUGAUGAAGUGUUAUGCAUUCAAAUGGGAUGAACACAAGCCAAGGUACACUCCUAGAGUUGCUGAGUACAUUGACCAACAGCUUUAUUCCCUGACUCGAGAUGAAUUUGAUGAGCUAUUCACUAUCAAUGAUAUUAAAGUUUGGCUUUGCACCAACAAAGAAGAUGAAUUUUUGAAAGUAUACACAGUAUAUGAGAGUACAACACUUCCAUUUGCUGUGAGAUACACUGAUGGCAUAAAAGUGGAAAUGCAAAAUAGAGGAGAAGGUGCUGCUGAUAAAAAAGCACUUGUAAUACACGAGACUGUUUACUUGGAUACAAUGUCCUCUCUCGUUUACAAAUAUGAUGCUACAAAUCCUUUGAAGGAGUAUGUCGUUGAAUCAGCUUGAAAGCUCCAGAGAGCGAAGAAUCUUGUAGAAAGGAAGUUGGGGGAAAAGAGUAAUAAUUUCAAAAAGAAGGAUAACAACGAAAUUAUUGGAUAUACACUAUCCGAAAUUAUAUUAUUAUCAUAUUGUAUAAAAAAUUUCAACAUUCAAUCAUUGUACUGUAUCUUCGAAACAGAACUGAAUCAAUCUCUGCGUCUAAAACGGCUUGUGGGCCUGUUGCUACUAACUGGCGGGUAAAUAAUUAUCCUACAAGUUUCUAUAAGCUGUCUCACAUAACUAAAAAGCAAUUUCGAGGGGAAUAUAAUGGAUAUUAUUGAGAAGAGAAAACUAUCAUUGAGACUUUUAUUUCAAGGGAGAAGUAUUUAGUAUGGAGUAUAAGACCUCUCAAAUGCUUGAUUUCAGAUGCUUCCAAAGAUAAUAAAUUAUGUCAGUAUAUUAUUUGUUGAACUAGUGUAUCAAUUAUCCAGUUCUGUUAUAUCAUUUGCUUAUUAUUAUCAUAUUAUAUGAUUUAGCAGGUCA